CAUGCAGCGGCACGCACGAGUGUGUGUGUGUGUGUGUGUGUGUGUGUGAGGCCGAAUAGCUCUCUUCCCGUCUCAGUUUUCCCUCUCUUUCGUCUCAGAGCGGAGCUGCAGGUCCUGGACGGCGGCGGCGGUGGUCUUUGUCUCGGUGGCCGGAGACGGGACGGGGCGAGGGAUCUUGAAGACGCAGAUGUUGAUCAAGCUGCAUUAAACCGUCAGAGUUGGGUUAAGGCCGGUCUUUUGCCUGUCUAAACAGAGCGGGACAUUCCUGGACAUGGACUUUGCAUAAACCUGGGCUUGAUGAAGAGGAAAAACAUUCAAGACUCUGCCGAGAGACGAGAGGAAUGAGCUGAACUGAGGGAAGUCAAACACAGAUCCACAGGAUGUUCCAGAGGAAGAAGAAGAAGAGGAGGAGGAGGCCGGAGAUCUCGGCUCCCAGGGACUUCGAGCACAGGGUGCACACGUCCUUCGACCCGGUGCGGGGCUGUUUCGUGGGGCUGCCGUCUCAAUGGCAGAGCCUCAUAGAGACGCUCCGGAGACCCAGGCCUGUGGUGGACCCCUCCAGAAUCACACAGGUGCAGCUCACACCACAGAAGAGCAUCGUUCGUGGCAGUUUCAUCGGACACGAGGACUACAUCUCCGCGGCGAUCGCUCAGAUGAAUCGACUCUCCGUAACGAGCUCGAACUCUUUGAGGAGAACCGGGCCGUCUCUGAGGAAACGAGCCCAGUCUCUGGGUCGUCUGGGAGAGGCGGCCGAAGGAGAGACGUACGAGUAUCAGGAGCUGAACGGGGUGAGCCGGGCGAGCGCUCAGACGGGGUCGGACUGGCUCCGGAGAUCUCGACCGGUCCAGAGCGAGAGCGGGAGCCCGACCGCCGGCGUCGACUCGGAGGCCCGGCCCAGAGCCAGGUCCAUGUUCAUGGGCCAGCCAGCGCUGAUGCCCCGGGACAUCCUGCUCUCUCCCAGAGCCGCUCCUGAUAAACCCGGCCUGAGACCGGCGUCCUGUCUCUACAGCACGGAUCAGCCCACAGACAAGCACACGCCGAACCCGGCGAGUUUUCCGGACGCUUCUAAACCCAACGGCACGAGCAGCCCUAAAACCCCCGUCCACCGAAGCACCCCUGAGAGUCCGGCCCCGGGCCCUCCGACGCAGGACAGCCCGUCUCAGCCGAGACCGGCCCCGACCGGCUCGCCCGCGGCCCCCAGCGGAGCCCGGUCCCCGAGCCUCAGAGCGGCCCGGCCCCGCCGCCGCCGCCCCGAGUCACCCGGGCUCAGCCACCAGCAGUAGGCCGCGCUGCAGACGGUGGUGGACCCCGGAGACCCUCGCUGCGUCCUGGAGAACUUCGUGAAGAUCGGCGAGGGCUCCACGGGCGUCGUGUGCAUCGCCCGAGAGAAGAGCAGCCGGCAGGUGGCCGUGAAGAUGAUGGACCUCCGCAAGCAGCAGAGGAGAGAGCUGCUCUUCAACGAGGUGGUCAUCAUGAGAGAUUACAGGCACAAGAACGUGGUGGAGAUGUUUAAGAGCGCUCUGGUGGGUGAAGAGCUGUGGGUCAUCAUGGAGUACCUGCAGGGCGGCGCUCUCACCAACAUCGUCUCUGAAACCAGGCUAACGGAGGAGCAGAUUGCGUCGGUGUGUGAAGCUGUUCUCCAGGCUCUGUGUUAUCUUCACUCUCAGGGUGUCAUUCACAGAGACAUCAAAAGCGACUCUAUUUUACUGACUCUGGACGGCAGGGUCAAGCUGUCCGACUUCGGCUUCUGCGCUCAGAUCAGCAAAGACGUCCCGAAGAGGAAGUCGCUGGUGGGGUCCCCGUACUGGAUGGCUCCGGAGGUGGUCUCCAAGACGCCGUACGGCACCGAGGUGGACGUGUGGUCUCUGGGCAUCAUGGUGGUGGAGAUGAUCGACGGAGAACCUCCGUACUUCAGCGAGACGCCGAUAGCAGCGAUGAAGAGGCUGAGAGACGAGCCGGCGCCGAGCGCCAGGAACAGCAGCAGAAUCUCUCCGGUCCUGAGGGACUUUCUGGACUCGAUGUUGACCCGUGAUGCUCUGGAGCGAGCCGGCGCCGGGGAUCUGCUCCAGCAUCCCUUCAUGCUCCAGGCCUCUUCUCCUCGCUGUCUGGUGCUGCUCGUGGAGCAGUAUCGCAAACGCAUGUCACGAUGCUGACCUUCAGCACUUCAGAGACUGAGCUGGACGGCAUCGUGCGCCGUGUGUAACAUAGACUGGUUAUUACAUCCUCGUGGACAGGGAACUAAAAGGUAGCUGUGACCUUAUUUCUCGCAAUUCUGAGAAAGAAAGACGAAAAAUGAAUUGAGCGAAUUGGUGUCGACUUACUCUUGCGCGACAAGAAACGGUAAGAAUUGUGAGAAUAAUCUUUAUUUGUGUGAAGUCAGAAUUGGUGCGAGAAAAGGUCAGAAGGAAAGGAAAAGGUCAGAACGGUGAGGUAUGGAUUCAGAAUUGCCAGACAAAAAAAAUGCAGAAAAGUCUGAAUUGUGAAAAAAUAUAUAUAAUAUAAAAAGAUAUAAAAAGAUAUAAAGUCAAGACACGAAUUAAGACUUGUAAAAAGUGUAACUGCGAGGAAAGUCAGAAUUGCGAGAAACAAAAAAAUGUAGAAUUGCGAGAUAUAAAGUCAGAACCGCGAGGAAAAAAAAGAGAAUUGUGAAAAGUCUCAAUCGCGAGAAAAACCGUUUUUAACUGGAUGAUAUCAGAAUUGCGAGAUAUGAACUAAGAAUUGUAAUAAAAUAAAAAUUGGUCGCAAGGUAAAUGUCUGAAUUGCGAAAUGUAGAACAGAAUUUCAAGAAAAAAUGUAGAAUUGAAAGAUGUGAAGUGUGAGGGAAAAAAAAUGGAUUUUGAGAAUCUGAACCGAGGGGGAAAAAAUGCGAUCGCAAAUAUGAUAGGAACUAAGAUUUGUAAUAAAUAAAUAAUUACGAGCAAAAUGUGUCAUUAAAUGUGAGAUAGAGUCAGAAUCGAGGGAAAAAAGGAUUGUGAAGGAAGAUUAGAAUUUAGAAUUACAAGGAAAAGUGGAGAUAUAUUUUGAGAUAUAUUGCAAGUAAAAAAUUGACUUGCAAGACAUUCACUGAGAUGCAUUUUAACUGCGACAUUUGCAAGGAAAAAAUAUAAAAUCAGAAUUGUGAGAUUAAAGUCACAAAUGACCUUUUUUCCUUCCCCCCGUGGCAGAAACAACCAUCAGUAAGAAAGAUGAGUAAGAGAAACAUGUUGACUUUUAUUGCUGUACAGCUUUGGAUAAAUGAUGUUGAACGUGUGGAUGAAACUGAACUGAGAAGACACUUCAUACUGUGUAUUCAGAGGUGUUCAAUGAUUUCUCUAACUCAUAACUGUUGUUGCAAAUGUCAUAAAUUGCAUGUCAGAUCUGUUCCUUAUUUUUAAGCAUUAAAUUUACAAACUGUGUUUGA